UCCUCUUGGGACCUACACAGUCCACAUCCUCUCUCUUUCUUUCUUUUUCUUUCUCUCUCUUGGAGUUGCUUUUUUUCUUUGGUGUAGCUUUUUGGAUGAGAUCCUCCUGUGGAAUUUCCAAGGCGACCCUCUUCUCUAGCCGAAUCUAUCUUUUGCCAUAUAUAUCUUUUGAUUCCAUCUCCACUUAACAAUCAUUUUGUUUUCUUUUGCCACUUUCUUCUUUUGAUUAUCAUUUCUCCCUUUUUGAUCUUCUCAUUCUUCUUUCUACCUUUUCAGUAAUGUCAUGUUUUCUUGGUGCUGGUACUAGAAUUUCAGGAUUAAGUUUGUUGUUUUUUGAGGUGGGUUGAUUGUGGGUACUUAUAAAAUUUUGAGUUAAUAUCAUAUUUGGCUGUUCUGACCUUUCUUUAGUUCAAAGAUUUCAUUUUUACGAAGUGGGUUACUUCUGGGUGCUUGAAAGUUUGUAUCUUGGUCAAUAACCUUUCAUGUGCUUUAGUUGUGUGUUUAUGGUUUUCGAUCAGGAAGAAAUUUGCUUUUCUGAGGUGGGUUGAUCUUCACUGACUUUAAAUUUGGGAAUGCUCCACCAAGUUGCUGCUUUUGCUUUCUGGGUAGGCUCCUUUUUGGUUUUUGAUGAUUGAAUAUUAUUCGAAAUUUCAAUUUUUUUUUAAAGUAGGCUGAUCCUAGACACUAAAAGAAUAGAGUUCGUUUUUUAAUAAGUAACUGAUUUUGCUAUCCGAGUACGCAAGUUUUUUGGUUUUUGGUCAAAGUUAUCCAAAAUGCUUGUGAUUGAUUUUCAGUGAAGGUCUAUCUCCUUUGAAGAAUUUGAGUAUGCUAUUAUACUAGGCAUUUAUUUACAGCGAAUCUUGCCUCAAAAGGAUGGUAAUUGGAUGAAUUUGGUGAAAGUAUAAAUUUCUACCAGUGGAAUUUGUGGUGAAGAAAGAGAAAAAGGAUGAUGAGAGGGACAAAAGAUGAGGAUAAAAUGAUAAGUCCUAUGUUUCCUAGGCUUCAUGUCAAUGAUACAGAGAAAGGAGGGCCAAGGGCACCUCCAAGAAACAAGAUGGCUCUUUAUGAACAACUGGGUAUCCCUUCUCGAAAGGUUAGUUCUGGAUCAGCAUCCAUGUUGCCUCUUCCACCUAACAAUGGCAGUACCUUUGUUCCUAAAAUGUUACCAAGCCAUGUUACAAGUGAUUCAUGUUCACAAGUCAGCGGCAACGAAAGAAGCGUUUUUACUCCAUUUUGUAACUCCCCUGCACCUUCACAUUCUGAGAAGUCUUUUUCUUAUUCCUCUGAUGGAAUUAAGCGAAGCAAUAAGAUGGAAAAUCAAGAAUGGAAGUCCAUGAAUUGUACGAAUGGUCAAAGUUUGAAAACCACAGAGUCUUUGUUAUCUAAUGCUAGCAAUUCAUUUCAGUUGCACAAUUUCUCCCACUUAAAAAACUUCUCAUGGAAGAAGAUUGGAUAUGAAAAUGAUUUUCGAGUUUCUGGCUCUGCCCAGUCAGGAGCAGUUCCGCAUUCUAACAGCAGUCAACACAAUAAAGAUAGAGAAAACCAACCAUGCUGGAACUUGAGCUUUUCAAUGCACUUUCAGAAUGUCUCUGAAAAGCAGAAGAAAGGUCCUGGCAUCAUAGAUUUAAAGGCAACAGAGUCUACAAGGAACCAAACUGAAGAGCAGAGAAAAAUGUCCGAGGCUUGCAAGGAUCUUAGGGAAAGAUAUUCUCCUGUCCCAUCAUUUCAUGAUAAAACUUCAGCAGAUCCAUCAUGUAGCCCAUCGGGAAAAGUUAAAAGACCUGAAUCACUGAAGCGAGCACAUCCAUCGUCAUAUCAGGAUCACAGAAGCAGUUCAGUGGAUUUCUUGAGGAGCUUAAAGGGUUCAAAAGGUCAGUUAGAUCAAGAAUUUGUCACAGUGCAGGAUAAAGCAGUCCAUAAAGAAAAAUCUUGGGAGGAAUAUGCUAUCGGCAAUGAUAAGGAAAAUGCUGCCAAAGUGACAAGCAAGUUAUGUUAUAGGUUACCUCUCAGAGAUGAUAAUAGAAGUUGUAAUGUGAUUGAGAAUAGCAGAAAAAACCAUGAAGACAAGCAAAAUGGGUCUUUGCAAGUAGGAGAUGUUGAAAGGCACAAUGAUGGCUCAGAAACUUCCUUGGUGGACUCCUUAUCUGCUUUGGAAAUAUCGCCUGAUGAUGUUGUAAGAAUAAUAGGCGAGAAACAAUUCUGGAAAGCAAGAAGAAUCAUUGUCAAUCAGCAAAGAGCAUUCACAGUGCAAGUAUCCGAGUUACAUAGGCUCAUAAAGGUACAAAAACUGAUUGCUGGUUCACCGGCACUAUUGCUGAAAGACAAGUUUUAUUUGGGAAAAGCUUUCUUGAAGGCCUCUGAGGCUAAAAAGGUUCCAUCUAAUUAUGCUAUAGAACAACCACCACCAAUUGUUAAACCGAAAGAUGGUUCCCAGAAGCCACACUCUAGCACUGAAUUUGCCGAAGAGAAUGCAGUUGCAAAGCUUUCCCUUUCUGCUGUUAAUAAUGAAGUCAGUAAAGGACUUCAUACAAAUCAAUCAAAUUAUGGAUCUGAUUCAGGAGGGCAUCUGCCAGCUCCUGUUGCUACCAAUUCUGGACCAUCUCCAUGGUGUUUCCCGCCGCCUAGCAAUCAGUGGUUAGUUCCAGUAAUGUCCCCUUCUGAGGGUCUUGUUUACAAGCCAUACACAGGGCCAUGCCCUCCAACUGCCGGAUUUAUGGCACAGGUUUAUGGCAACUGUGCUCCAGUGAGCUUAGAUGGAGAGCAUGGGGACUUCAUCAAUGGAGCUUAUGGUGUCCAAGCUUCUCAUCAAAAUGGGAUUGGAAUCCUUCCCAGCGAUCCUCCUUUAGGUCAGAACUAUUUUCCACCUUAUGGCAUGCCAGUCAUGACUCCCUCCAUUUCAGGUUUAUUAUUUGGGCAGGUGAGCCCAUUCAAUGGACCCCAGUCAAAAGGCAAUCAGUUAUCACUUGGAGACAUGAACUUCACCUUCCCACAACAAAGCUCAUGUCAUAUAUCUAGCUCAAUGAGUCGUGUGAUCUCAUGCUGUGCUGAGAACUUUCAACCAUCAAAGGAAAGUAAGGUACAAGGAAGUACUGCAAGUAGUCCCUCUGAGAGUCUUAAAGGAGAUGCACUCCCGCUUUUUCCUAUAGAACCAACAGCUCAGGCAUCAGAUCAAAAUGGUCAAACUGAUGCACAAUGGACGCGUGUGAUUAAGGUUGUGCCUCACAACGCUAGAUCAGCAACUGAAUCAGCAGCUCGCAUUUUUCGGUUUAUACAAGAAGAAAGAAAACAAUAUGAUUAAAUAUAUGAGAAUUAUAUCUCCUAAGACAUACUGGUGGAAGUCACACCGAUCUUGUUAGUCUUAUCAAAUGUACUAUUUGUAUAAUUCUGUUAUACAUAUUAAGAGCAUGUAAAUACAUUUGUUUAAUGAAAAAUAGUACUCUAAACCAUCUGCAUGUGAA